AUGGCCUCCUCAACCCCGCAGUAUAUUGCCAACCAGCAAUAUACCAACGCUUGGUGGAGUGGCCUGGCAGACAGUGUUUAUUCAGCUAUAGAGAUUGCUGAAUCCCAGCCUUUAGCUAUACCUAGCUCAUACGAUCUCCCACCAGUGCAAUAUGCCUGCCCGGAAUUCAUCAAGUUCCUAUCUAGCACCCAACUCCGCCGGCGUGCUCAUCUCUUAGAUUGGUCGUAUGAACAACGCAGGACUGCACAGGAUAUCUUACCUUUCUUAUACCUGGGACCAGCUACGAUUACCCGUGACAAGGACUUUCUUGUGAAGGAGGGCAUCACUUUACUCUUGGCCAUCAGGGAUCGCAACCGAGUUCAGGCCCUGACAGUCAACGGGGAGAAGUCAGCAGCUAUCCUGGGGAUUGACUCCGAUUUUCUCGAAGUAUCCAAUACACAGGAACUUAUCAGUGAAAUUCCAAACGUCAUCCGUCGAAUCAAUAGCCAUCUAUGCCCUUGUGCAGCCCACCAGCCCUCAGGAGGGAAAGCAAGAAAAGUGCUAGUGUUCUGCGAUACUGGGAAUGAAAAGUCAGCUUGUGUAGUUGCCGCAUAUAUUAUGGCCAUGUUACAGACCAGAGCAACUGCUGCAGCGAGCCACGUUCAGGUACGGAGAUUAUGUACCAACAUUGGCAGUACCUUCGACAUAUUAAAAUCUUUCGAAACCAUCCUCGAUGCUCAGAGGGUUAUCGCCAGAAACACGGUAGAUCAUCAAAGUCAGUCAGGCGGACUAGAGUCUAACCAUCAGGUUUCACGGAAAAGGUCCUUUCAAGUUGCCCAGAAAUCUCAACUGGCAGACGGGGAGGCUAUGGAUAUAGAUCUCUCACAAGAAAUAGGGGACUAUCCAAGUCGACCCUCUCACCCUCCGUUCCGUGACCUAACCCGGUGA